AUCGCUCUAUGGUUCUAGUUCCGCUCUCCACUAGCCGCAUUCCUUCCGCUCUUGCCCGAGCAAGCCGCGCGACAGAGUCUGUCCGCAUUUCCCCGCUCCGCAUGGACGCGCUCGCUCCCCCUGCUGCGCAGACGCGCGCUGCCCCCGCGCACUCCGCACUCCGCGCAUCCACUGCGGCCCCUGGCGGAGGCGGAUUGCGCAAUGCAGUCUCGCUGCUACCGUUCCGCUCCGCCGGCCUCUUGACGCCGGCACAAUGCCGACUGUCGCACGCUACUGCAAAUAAUCGCCGAUUUUCCGCGAUUCGCGCUGGUUCAGGCGCGGAGCCGAACGGUGCCGGCGCGAAUGCAGAGAGCACCGCGCAGCUCGACGCGCGCACCCCGCAUUCCGCGGCGGACGAUGCGGCCGCAGAUGCGCUGUGCCGGCGGCAAGUCCUCGGAGCGCUGGCGAUCGCGCCGGCGCUGCUGGCGCCGCUGAUGGCGCCGCGAAUGGCGGAGGCGGAGGAGGCAGCGCCGGAAGCAGCAGCGGUGGCGGCGGCGGAGGCGGCGGCCGGAGCGGUGGCGGCGGGAUCGGCGGCGGGAGAUGCGCCGCGAGUGACGGAAAAGGUGUUUCUCGAUAUUGCCGUGGACGGCGCGCCUGUGGGGCGACUGGUGAUAGGCGUCUAUGGCGAGGACGUGCCCAUCGGUGCAGCACGGUUCGCGCAGCUAGCGAAGGGCGUGGCAGGCGUGUCGUACCGCCGCAAGGAGUUCCUGCGCCUCACCGACAGCUACCUGCAGGGGGGCACUCUGCGCUCCUUCUCGCUCACAGGCUCCGGGGUGGACCCCACGGCUUUCGUCGGGGGGACGAACGCGGACGCCAUUGCACAGGAGCUGCAGCAACUGCAGAUUGCAAAGCCCGGGCCAGUCUACAACAAGGCCUAUUCCGUUGCCCUGUUCGCCGUGGACCCCACCAUCCCGCCUCCCAAGCAAAAACUGGUGGCUCGAGGGGGCAAGUUUGAAGUUCUAGAAGAGGCCAUCAGGCUGCCCCCUAACGGCACGGAGUUUGCUGUCUCCUUUACAGACUGCCCCGAUUUAGACUCCACGCACCUGGUGGUGGGGCGUGUGUUGGAAGGGUUUGGCGUGCUGGAGAAGGUUCGGGAGGUGCCGUUCGUUCGGGACAACACCGACAAUGGCUUCUUCAAGGCUGCCAAAAUGAUAGGUGACACCAGGGCUACAGUAGCAGAGAGAGGGUUUUAUCGUCCGUACAAGAAGAUUACCAUUACCAAGUCAGGUGUACUAGCGUAACAAUCCUCACGCACGUUUUAGAUCCAACUAGCCCUUGCUCAAGGAAAUGUUGUUGAUUAUCAGAAGUUGAAGUUUAUCUCU